AAAGAUGAGUUCCUAAAUACUCUCACAGACGAAGCGCUUGACGAAUGCACCAUACCUGAGAUAAACCUAAAUGAUUUUGAAGGAAUGUCGGAAGAUGAAGCACCGCAGGAAAAGCAGAGUGAUAGUGAGGGUGACGAUGAAGACAAAUUUCAGUUUCAAUACUCAACCCAUGAUCCAAAGGUGAAAUGGAAUAAUAUGAAGCCAGUUCUUGGAGAGAGGUAUGAAUCACCACACCAACUAAAGCUUUGUUUGACAAAUUACUCUAUAAGUAGGGGUUAUCCAAUUAGGUUCAAGAAAUGUGAUAGUGUAAGGCUCGUGGCUGUAUGUGCAAGUGACCCUGAGAAAUUUCAAUGUCCUUUUGUGGUAAGGGCCUCAUGGAUGAGCACUGAAAGAACAUUCCAAAUCAAAAAAAUGGUUGAGCAACAUACCUGUGUUAGGAAUUUCCGUAGUGCUAAUCUUAUGGAUCCCACAUGGAUAGCUAGGCAGUUUCUGAAGGAGAUGAUUAGGAAACCAAAUCUGAAAUGUAAGGAAAUGCAAGCUAUUAUUCAAAGCAGGUUCCAUUGCAAGGUUUCAUGGUCAAAAUGUUAUAGAGCAAAGUGUAGGGCAAUUUCUUUAAUAGAUGGAAAGUUGAGUGAUCACUAUGCAAAGGUUUGGGAUUAUGGACAUGAAUUGAUGAGGUCCAAUCCAGGGAGUACAAUUCAAAUAUCUGUCACUGUAAACCCUGAUAACACUACUACUUUCCAUAGAAUGUAUACAUGUUUUAAGGCUAUCAAAGAAGGAUGGAAAGUUGGUUGUCGAAGAGUUAUAGGGCUUGAUGGGAGUUUUUUGAAAGGACAAUGUAAAGGUGAGCUGCUAACUGCCAUAGGGAGGGAUGCAAAUAACCAUGUGUAUCCCAUUGCUUGGGCAGUAGUUGAAAUUGAGAACAAGCCCAACUGGCAAUGGUUCUUGGAACUAUUACAUGAUGACCUGGAAUUACAAGGAGGCUUGGAUUUGUGUGUUAUUUCUGAUCAACACAAGGUAAUGUUUUCAAUUAUCUCCUUUUUUUCAUUUCAUUUAUACAUGGAUCAAGUAGUUAGUAAUGAUAUUUUUUAAUGUAAUUGAUAGGGUCUUUUGGAAGCUGUAAAGGUUGUAUUGCCACGUGUGGAGCACAAACAAUGUGCAAGACAUGUGUAUGCAAAUUUCAGAAAGGUCUUCAGUGGUAUAGAGUUCAAGAAUAUGUUUUGGACAGUUGCCAAGUCAACUGUUGAAGGAGACUUCAAAUUGAAUAUGGAGAAGAUCAAAGAAGUCAAUCCUGCUGCUUAUGAUCAUUUGAUGGCAAGGGAGCCUAAAUCUUGGUGCCGGGCAUUUUUUAAAGGUGGAAUGGCAUGUGAGGCUGUUGAAAAUGGAAUGACAGAGUGUUUUAAUGCCAUCAUACUUGAUGCCAAAAAGAAGCCUUUGUUGGCCAUGCUUGAGGAGAUUAGACCGUAUAUGAUGGAAAGGUUAUUUAACUUGAAGCAAGAAGCACGUAAAUGGGUGAAUAAUGUGUGUCCAGGAGCUAUUAAGAAAAUGGAUGAGUUUGCUUUUGAUAUCAAGACUUGGUAUGUUCAUCCUAGUGGUUUGAAUGCUUUUGAAGUGAGAAAUGGCUUCCACUCAUAUGGAGUGAACUUAGAGGGGAUGUACUGUACAUGCAGACUUUGGGAGUUAUCUGGGAUCCCUUGUGUCCAUGCACAAGCAACCAUAGUUUACACACAACAGGAUCCAGCUAGAUUCAUCAGCACAUGGUUUGGUAAGGACAAGUUCUUAAGUGCUUAUGAGUCUAACAUCCUUCCUGUUAAUGGCAGUAAUAUGUGGGAACCAACACCUUACACCAAACCACUACCACCUAUUGAAAGAAGGAUGCCAGGAAGGCCUUGUAUGAAAAGGAAAAGACAUGUCUCUGAGCAUCAAGACAGGUUUUCCCAAGUCUCCUCUAAGGGUAGAACUGUCCAAUGUCAGAAUUGUAUGCAAAUGGGGCACAAGAAAGUGUCUUGCAAGAAUCCCUCAGUCCAACCAACACCAAAGCCUAAGAAUAAAAUAGGAAGGCCAAGGUUGAAUCCAGAAUUGACCAAUUGCACUAGACUUGGGAGAGGUGGUGGAAGAGGUGGUAGAAGAGGUGGAAGAGGUGGUGGAAGAGGUGGUAGAAGAGGGGGUAGAAGUGGUGGAAGAGGGUCUACCAGUGUUUAUGAAGAAGGUGAAAGUUCUGGGAAAAAAGAACCUGGGAUUGAGACUCAAUUUUUCACCCAAACAACACCUAAUGUUGAGAGUCAAUUUGUCACCCAAACAGCACCUACUGUUGACAGUGACCAUGUAUCAGAAACACAGGAAGUUGAUGUUAACAUUGAUGAUGAAGGUGAUGGUAUUGAUAUGGCUGACCUGGAUCAAAUAAUGAGUGAUUUGAGUUACCUUAGAGAGUCAAAAUACAGUGAAGCAGAGAUCCUUAUGUGUCUUAAUAUCACCCAAUCACAACUGAGAGGAUUUGAUGCUUUAAUUCACCAAUCCAAACAAGCUGCAAAGGAAACACAUGAGGACAAUGGUGAAGAUGUACCAGAAACACAGGAGGACAAUGGUGAAGAUGGAGCUGAAGAAUCACAGGAGGACAAUGAUGAAGAUGGAGCUGAAGAAUCACAGGAGGAGGGUGUUGAUGAUACUCAAGUUAGGGUUAGAACUCAAGUCAGAGUUAGAACAAGAAAAACUUCUGAAAGGAUCACCAAAAACAUGUUGAAGAAAAUUGUGAUUGACAAGAAAGGAAAAUGAAUGGCUCCAGAAAAACCACUUAAUUUGGAUUAGAUUGGUUAGGAUUUAAGCAGUUAUAUGGGCUACUUGGGCAACUUUGUUAGGAAGCCCUUUUUGGUAAAUUUGUUAAUAUGCCCUUUCUUUUGUAAACAAUAUACAAUAUGGCUGCAUUGUUAACACUUUGGGACUUCAGAUUGGGCAAAUUUGUUAGGAAGCCCUUUUUGGUAAAUUUGUUAAUAGGGAUAUGCCCUUUCU